AUGGUCCACAUCGCGUCCUUCGCGCUACUCGCCUCUGCAGCCCUCGCGGCGCCUACCUCGUACAUCAAGGGUCGCCACGGCGCGACGCACACCGAAGCCAUUGAAGUCAUUGGCGGCAACGAGGCCGAGGUCGGCAAGCACCUCUACGUGACCGGCCUGCGCCAAACCGAAAUCAAGAAGAACGAGUGCGGUGGGUCGCUCAUCUCGCCGACGGCCGUGCUCACGACGGCGCAAUGCGCGUACGGCGACUGGGCCCAGUAUGUGUCCGUGGGGUCCCAUUUUCUGAACGGCACCUCGGACGGUGAGCGCAUCAAGGUCAAGACGAUCGUGUCGCACCCCAAGUUCAACAUGGAGACGAUGGUCUACGACUAUGCAAUCCUCGAGUUGGAGAACCCGUCCAAGGUGUUGCCGAUCGAGGUUUCAUUCGAGGACGAUGCGGCCAACGCGCCCGGUGUCACGGGUGUCGCCCGGGGCUGGGGCACAACGAGCCUCAUGAGCCCGCAGUCCAACGUUCUCAAAGAGGUCGGCCUCAAGAUCUGGUCCAACAAGGACUGCCAGGCCGCGUUCACCAAGCUCAAUGAUCCGUCCAUCCCGGCGGUGGCGACCUCGAUGGUUUGUGCGGGUGGCGUCAAAGGCGAGGACACGUGCCAGGGCGACAUGGGUGGCCCACUCACGGUCACCAAGAACGGCAAGGACGUGCUCGUCGGUCUCACGAGCUGGGGCGUUGUCUGCGGUGAGGCUGGUAUUCCCAGUGUCUACGCGCGCCUCUCGCAGGCCAAGGACUUUAUUGCGCCAUAUCUUCCCAAGCCGGCGUGCUAGACGCUUGGGCAAUAUGUGUAGAGUCUACCAACACCGAUUACAGGCUUUUUGUAGUGGCUUUCGACUGAAUUCACUUUUGUCCUUGCUUUGUCGA